GAAAGGGCUAAAUUUGAAGCGACCGUGCUCUGGUCCUAUGAAAUCUGAAAUAAAAUCCGUUUAUAAAUCAUUGUAUGUGACUACUACUCAAUGACCCGCCCAUGGGUUGACCUCACUACCAUUUUGUCAAACCAUUUCAAGAAGUUGGCCAUUGAAGAUAUCAAAUAUCCUCUGAUCGUCUGUUCUACGUUUGAAAACAUCAUAUCACAAGAUCCAGGUACUCACCAAAGAUGUUUCACCCUUGGGCCCGUGGCGUCCGCAUAAAUGGAGAUGGGGAGUCUCAAGCCUCAGAUUGCCUAUAAAUGAAAACCACCUCUCCUCCUUUACACACAUUCAAUCUCCACAAAUUAACAUGAGAGGACCAAUCAAGUUCUUGGCCAUCCUGGCCGUUGCUUUGGCCAUUUCUGCUCAAAACGCUUCCGCCCAAUAUGGAAAGAACCGUGGCAAUAGAGGAGGAAGUGGAGGCAGUUUGGCGGAGGAAGUGGCGGAUUCGGGGGAGGCAAUGAUGGCGGUGGAUUUGGGGUGGGGGUGGGUGGAUUUGGAGGCAACAAUGGAGGUGGUGGGUUUAGAGGCGGCAGAUUCAACGACGGUGGAUUUGGCGGCAGAAAUAGUGGUGAUCUUGGAGGAGGAAAUAGCGGUGGAAUUGGAGGCGUCUUCAGAAACCGACCCAUCAACCAAGAAUUGACACGAUUGCUGGGCGGAAACCGAUUCAAAAACCACAUUCAUCCCGUCACCUGAAUGAUGCAAUGCUAAUAACCACAUGCUGCUCUGUAUUGCCUGAUUUUCGCUCUGGAACAUAAUUGUUCAAUACCUCAUGUUUUUCUUGUUUUUCUUAUGUUUUACCACAUAUUCUUUGUUCUUUCAAACCAAUGGGGCUCAUAAAAUACUGUCGAAUAUUCA